GUAGUGUGAUCUCGUUCCUAAAUUUGCAUAUGAAAUUUAGGAAGCCUCAAGAAAAAAAACAACACACCCUAUAACCCCACGCUGUCCGCCUCAACGGACGCAGUCAUCCACUCCACCUUCCGUUCAUGGCGUCCUCCAUGGCCACCGCUUCCACGCUUCUCCUCCCCGUCUUCCUGCUCCUCACCAUCGUCACCCACUCCAACGCCGCCGACUCAUCGUCCUCCUCCCCGGAAGCGGCCGCACUCCUCAACCUCUCGGCCGCGCUCACUGACCCCUCAGGCUACCUCUCUACGCACUGGACUCCCGACACCCCGCUCUGCUCGUGGCCGCGCGUGUCCUGCGACACCGCCGACAAACGCGUCCUCUCCCUCGACCUUUCUGGACUCAACCUCUCCGGCCCCAUCCCAGCCGCCGCGCUCGCCUCCCUCCCGCACCUCCUGUCGCUGAACCUCUCCAACAACAUCCUCAACUCCAACUUCCCCGACGAGAUCAUCUCCUCACUUAAGAGCCUUCACGUUCUCGACCUGUACAACAAUAACCUCACCGGUCCGCUCCCGGCAGCGCUUCCCAACCUCACCGACCUUGUCCACCUCCACCUCGGCGGCAAUUUCUUCUCCGGCAGCAUCCCGAGGUCGUACGGCCAGUGGAGCCGUAUCCGGUACCUGGCUCUCUCCGGCAAUGAGCUCACCGGGGAGAUACCGCCGGAGCUCGGCAACCUGACGACAUUGAGAGAGUUGUACCUCGGCUACUUCAACAGCUUCACCGGUGGGAUACCGCCGGAGCUCGGGAGGCUGCGGGCGCUCGUCCGGCUCGAUAUGGCGAGCUGCGGCAUCUCCGGGGGGAUCCCGCCGGAGGUGGCGAACCUGACGUCGCUCGACACUCUGUUUCUUCAGAUCAACGCCUUGGCUGGGAGGUUCCCACCGGAGAUUGGCGCAAUGGGGGCGCUGAAAUCGCUCGACCUGUCGAACAACUUGUUCGUCGGGGAGAUCCCCGCGAGCUUCGCGUUGCUGAAGAACUUGACUCUGCUAAACCUCUUCAGGAAUCGCCUCGCUGGCGAGAUUCCCGAGUUCGUCGGCGACUUGCCGAACCUCGAGGUGCUACAGCUGUGGGAGAACAACUUCACAGGCGGGAUACCUGCGAACCUCGGCGUGGCGGCGACCAGGCUGAGGAUCGUCGAUGUGAGCACAAACAGGCUCACAGGCAUUCUGCCAUCCGAGUUGUGCGCCGGCGAGCGGCUGGAGACGUUCAUCGCGCUGGGGAAUUCGCUGUUCGGCGGCAUUCCGGACGGGCUCGCGGGGUGCCCGUCGCUGACGAGGAUUCGGCUGGGAGAGAAUUAUCUCAACGGGACGAUACCAGCCAAGCUGUUCACGUUGCCGAACCUGACGCAGAUAGAGCUGCACGACAACCUUCUCUCAGGCGAGCUCCGGCUGGCCGCCGGAAAGGUGUCGUCGUCGAUCGGGGAGCUGAGCCUGUUCAACAAUCGACUGUCCGGCCAGGUUCCGGAGGGCAUCGGCGGGCUUGUGGGGCUGCAGAAGCUGCUAGUCGCCGGGAACAGGUUGUCCGGCGAGCUUCCGCUGGAGAUUGGCAAGCUACAACAACUCUCAAAGGCGGACCUUUCCGGGAACCUGAUAUCCCACGAGGUUCCCCCGGCAAUUGGCAGGUGCCGGCUGCUCACCUUCCUCGACCUCUCGGGCAACAAGUUCUCCGGUCGCAUCCCGCCGGAGCUUGCCGGCCUCCGCAUCCUCAAUUACCUCAACGUGUCCCACAACGCGCUCGAAGGGGAGAUUCCGCCUGCCAUCGCCGGAAUGCAGAGCCUAACAGCCGUCGACUUCUCGUACAACAACCUCUCUGGCGAGGUCCCGGCCACCGGCCAGUUCGCCUACUUCAACGCCACCUCGUUCGAAGGGAACACUGGCCUCUGCGGCGCGUUCCUCUCCCCGUGCCGCUCCCACGGCGUCGCGACGUCGGGCUUCGGCUCCCUUUCGUCGUCCUCGAAGCUUCUCCUCGUGCUCGGCCUGCUCGCGCUAUCCAUCAUCUUCGCGGGCGGGGCCGUGCUGAAGGCGCGGUCGAUGAAGCGCUCCGCCGAGGCUCGCGCGUGGCGUCUCACGGCGUUCCAGCGGCUCGACUUCGCCGUGGACGAUGUGCUCGACUGCCUCAAGGAGGAGAACGUGAUCGGCAAGGGCGGGUCCGGGAUCGUGUACAAGGGCGCGAUGCCGGGGAGCGCGGUGGUGGCCGUGAAGCGGCUCCCGGCCAUCGGGCGACCCGGCGCCGCGCACGACGACUACGGCUUCUCGGCGGAGAUACAGACGCUGGGGAGCAUCCGGCACCGCCACAUCGUGCGGCUGCUCGGGUUCGUGGCCAACCGGGAGACCAACCUGCUGGUGUACGAGUACAUGCCGAACGGUAGCCUCGGCGAGGUGCUCCACGGCAAGAAGGGCGGCCACCUGCAGUGGGCCACGCGGUACAAGAUCGCCGUGGAGGCGGCCAAGGGCCUCUGCUACCUGCACCACGACUGCUCGCCGCCAAUACUGCACCGCGACGUCAAGUCCAACAACAUCCUCCUCGACGCCGACUUCGAGGCGCACGUCGCCGACUUUGGCCUCGCCAAGUUCCUCCGCGGCAACGCCGGCGGCUCCGAGUGCAUGUCCGCCAUCGCCGGCUCCUACGGCUACAUUGCUCCUGAGUACGCCUACACACUCAAGGUUGACGAGAAGAGUGAUGUCUACAGCUUCGGAGUUGUGUUACUUGAACUCAUCACAGGUCGGAAGCCGGUUGGGGAGUUUGGCGACGGUGUUGACAUCGUGCAUUGGGUGCGGGUGGUGACCGGGUCAAGCAAGGAGGGCGUGAUGAAGAUCGCUGAUCCUCGUCUUUCGACGGUGCCCCUCUACGAGAUGACCCAUGUCUUCUAUGUAGCAAUGCUCUGCGUCGCCGAGCAAAGCGUCGAACGGCCCACGAUGCGGGAGGUCGUGCAGAUACUGACUGACAUGCCCGGAUCGACAUCCACAUCAAUUGACAUCAUGGACACCAAGAUAGAUGGAAGCCCAGAGAAGCCGCAGCAGGAUGGGCCACACGACUCCCCGCCUCAGCAAGAUCUUCUUAGUAUCUAGAAGUGCCACUCAUAGAGUUGUUCGUACUAGUAGUACUUUGUAGCAUCCCAUGUUCUUUUUAUGAGUGUGUAUGUGUAUGCAAGAGGCAGGGUAAGAAUGGUGGAUUAGGCCCGUGUAAUUUCCGUCUUAUGUACAUAUCAAGCUGUUUGAGCUUCCAAUUGGAGUUCUGAAAUCCAGAAAUGGUGCAUUUUCAUGUA